AUGUUGUCCCGUAUUUCUUCUCGAGUCUCCCGCCUCAAUGUUACGGCGCCUGUUCAGCUUGGAGCAAUACGGCAAAAGGGAACCUUCAAUUGGGAAGACCCUUUUGAUUUGCGUAGCCAACUUACUGAAGAAGAGCGCACGCUGAUGGAUCAAACGAGAGAAUAUGCGGCAGCUAAACUGUUGCCACGUAUCACCGAGGCCUAUCGUCACGAGAAGUUUGAUAAAAGCUUGAUUCCUGAAAUGGGAAAGAUGGGACUUUUGGGUGCUCCUUACGAGGGAUAUGGAUGUGCUGGUACUACCGCUGUUGGUUACGGAUUGAUUGCUAGAGAAGUCGAACGCGUUGAUUCCGGAUACCGAUCGACGAUGAGCGUUCAAACUUCACUCGUAAUUGGACCGAUUUAUAACUACGGUUCAGAAGAACAACGAAAAAAGUACAUUCCUGCUUUAGCAGCUGGUGAAACUAUUGGCUGUUUUGGUCUUACCGAACCAAACCAUGGAUCAAAUCCAAAUGGUAUGGAAACACGAGCUCGAUGGGAUGAAAAGACGAAAACUUACAAAAUUACUGGCACAAAAACAUGGAUUUCAAACAGCCCAGUCUCCGAUGUUUGUAUUGUUUGGGCUAGAAGCGAUAGACACGACAACAAAGUCAAAGGUUUUAUUCUCGAGAGGGGAAUGGACGGAUUGACAACGCCGAAAAUCGAAGGAAAACUUUCGUUGCGUGCUUCGGUAACCGGACAAAUUGCUAUGGAUGAGGUUCCGGUUCCAGAAGCAAAUUUGCUGCCAAACGUUGAAGGAUUAGCUGGUCCGUUUGGGUGCCUGAAUAAUGCUCGUCUCGGAAUUGCAUUUGGUGCGUUGGGAGCGGCUGAAGACUGCUUUAUGCGAGCUCGCGAGUACACCUUGGAAAGGCAGCAAUUUGGACGACCCUUGGCUGCCAAUCAAAUCAUGCAACUACGAUUCGCCGACAUGCUCACAGAAAUUACUCUUGGACUUCAAGCUUGUCUUCGCGUCGGUCGGCUGAAGGAUGACGGAUUGGCUUAUCCGGAAAUGGUUUCACUAAUUAAGCGAAACUCUUGUGGAAAAGCCCUUGAUAUUGCAAGAAGGGCUCGUGAUAUGCUCGGUGGAAAUGGUAUCGUCGAUGAAUACCACGUCAUGCGACAUUUGUGCAACCUUGAAACGGUGAAUACUUAUGAAGGCACACAUGACAUUCACGCGCUCAUUCUUGGACGUGCUGUCACUGGUAUCCAAGCUUUCAAA